AUGUCACCUCCCCGAGGGACACUGGGGACAGGGACAUCGAGGACAGGGAAGGAAGUCUCCGAUGAUGACGUCACGGCCUAUGACGUCAUCGCCGCCGAGGUCCCCGCGGGUGGGGACGGCGAUGACGUCACGGAGGGGCGGGGCAGCCCCUCCCCCCCGCCCGCCGGUGACGUCACAGCCGAGGGUGACGUCACUUCCGCUGUGCCGGGGGAUGAUGUCACCGCUGAUGUCACCGACGGCGAUGAUGUCACUUCCUCUGUCCCGCGGGAAGCUCUCGAUGGUGACGUCACCGCUGACAGUGACGUCAUCACCUCCUGCCCUGGGAGUGGCGUCGCUGAUGACGUCACCGUCCCCAUGAGUGACGUCACCGCUGACAUCAUCGUCCCUGGGCAUGGCUUCAUCGAUGACAUCAUCACCCGUGACGUCACCGAUGACGUCACCACUGAGAGCAACUUCCCACAAGAUCUGGAUUACGUCGCCAAUGACGUCAUCACCAAUGACGUCAUCACCUUGCACACCCUCACUGAUGACGUCAUUGCCCCGGAGAGCAGCGUCACCGAUGACGUCAUCGAGCGUGGCUUCCCUGGUGAUGUCAUCGCCUGGGGCGAGGCCACGCCCCCUCUCCCAGGGGACGAUGACGUCACGGUGGGAGGUGACGUCACCGGUGACGCCGUCGGCGUGGGCGCCCGCAUCGAUGACGUCAUCGCCGCCCGCCGCGUCCCGUCCCUGCCCGGGGAUGACGUCAUCGAUGACGUCAUAGCCUGGGGGCAUCUCGGCGAUGACAUCAUCCUCCGGGAUGACCUCCCCGAUGACGUCACCGAGGACGAUGACGUCACCCUCCCCGGCCCGGGCUCCCUCCCCGCCGAUGACGUCAUCACCGCCGAUGACGUCACCUCCUCCCUGCUGGGUGACGUCACCGGGGACCUUGAUGGCGCCUGGGACGACCUCGCCGAUGACGUCACCGCCGACGAUGACAUCACGCCCUUCCUGCCCUUGGAACGGCCCCCGGGCCCCGACGAUGACGUCGGCGAUGACGUCACCGAUGACAUCACCGAUGACGUCACCGACGACGUCACCCCGGGGGCGGAGCAUCCCCUGCUGGGCGCCGCCCCCUUCGGCCGCCGCCACGACGCCGCCGAUGACGUCAGCGAUGACGCGAGCGCGGACGCGCCCCGGGGGGGAGGGGCAGGAGCCCCCCAGACGCCCCCCCCCGGCUGCCCCCUCCUCUUCCUCGCCCUCCUCUGCCUCCUCCUCGCCCUCCUGCUGCUCGCCGGGCUCUGCGCGGCCGUUCAUUACGUCAAGGUUUUCAUCAUCAGCUCGGCCGCGCUGGCGGUGCCGCCCCCCGAGGCCUUCCCGUAGUGAGCCCUGGACCCCAAAAUCAUCCAAAAUCACCCCAAAAUACCCCAAAAUCAUCCAAAAUCAC